AUGAAGGCUUGCGUGCCGGUGCAAGUCCAAGCGGCGUUGGACCUGCUCUCCACUACUGUGUCCCCUUCGGACACUGCGCUGCUGUUCGUGGUGGGCGAGGAAAAGGGCGGCGACGGCAUGCGCCAUUUCUCCUCGUCGCAGGUCUAUAACCACAUGCGCAACAACUACAAGGUCAUCCUCUUUGGCGACCCGACCAAGGGCAAACUGUCACCAGGAAGGACGUGUAUAAGGAUCGAUUCAAGCAUGGCUACUUCAAUCGACCGCACGCUACUUGAGGGAAUCGCUUUCGACGCAGCCACAGAGUGUUUGAGAUACAUCGACAGUGUCACAGCAGGGAACGAAGGGCCGGAAGGUGUUGCCGAUGUCGCCAGUCGGAUUGUGAGAACACACAUCACAGACAGGCUUAGGUGCCUAUUUCCGACUGACGAUGUGCUGGACGCCCUCAUUACGAAGGGGACAAGCGGUCGGACCUGGGUUAUGAAACCGAUCGAUGCCGCCAACCAGUUCGUGCAAGGCUACAGACAUUGGGCCAUCUCUUUCGGCCUUUUCGAUGGCACACGCCCGCUCUUUGGCGUUAUAUACAUGCCAGGGCAAGGAAAGAUGGUCUCUGGUGGCGUCCACUGGCCGCCUACUCUGAAUGGCCAUCCUAUGCAGAAGCUUUCCAUUCCCACGGUAAAGCGUAUCUCCUUUGCCGUGUCGUGGGACAUGAAGAGAUCGGAUCCGGCUUUCCUCCAAUUGGCACAGCACAAUGCAAGAUUCCGGUACCGCGAGGACCCUGUGCUCGCGCUCAUCACGGUGAUGUCAGGUCAAUUUGAAGGCUAUAUCAACGAUUCCAUUGCGGUCAAAGACCUGAUCGGGCCUCUUGCAAUUCUGAGCGCACUUGGUGUGGCCUACGACAUUGCCCCCGCAAGCGGGCACGGCGGCAAAGGAGUGAGAGUCCAUAUCGGCUGGCCCAACCGAGGACCCGUACGUGGCGUUGGCGACGAUCAAAAUUGUUUGGCUCUGCUACUCAAUGAACCUCGCGAAUGGAAAAUUGCUUGCAGGGGUGGUCCCGGCAUGUAA